AUCACCACCAACACUUUACUCCCAAAUUCCCCGCCGCCGCCACCAUCAGAACCGUCACUACAGCCUUAUCCACCACUACCUCCACCACCACCACAUCCAUCAGUAUCACCAUAUUCACCACUACCACCAUCACUACCAUUUGGAAACGUUAUUUACUGCUAGUAGAAGCCAUCCAUAUACCAAGAUGUUUCUAUUCGAUAUUAACAUCACUAAUGACCACCAAAUGAGAAUUAAUUCAUCUAACAUGAACGCUACCCCUGAAGAACUCUGCCUUGACGUUCAAUCAAGUACAGACUACCAUCUAUACAACGAUAGCAAUUAUUGCGAGAGGAUAUUCGAUGGAUUUCUUUGUUGGGAAAAAACAAAACCAGGAAAAAGGGCCUUCAUGCCAUGCCCGUUUAACCCAGAAGCGUUUGCUUUCAAAGAUUGUCUUCCAAAUGGAACUUGGUUCCGUCACCCGAUCUCCAACGUUUAUUGGACCAAUUAUACUCCUUGUUUUAGAGAUGUGCACUUACCUGAAAUUGUAGCGUCUGUCUUCAUCUGGGGUCAUGUGGUCUCCAUUAUAGCUCUUACACUUUCGAUGGCGAUCUUCAGCUACUUCAGUCAAUUGAACUGUGCUCGAGUGACCAUCCAUAAACACCUUUUCUUAACAUACAUCUUAAGUGGAAGUGUUUGGAUCAUUGAAUUUGGUGCCAUAGUUUCAAACGGUCCAGUUUUGUUUGAGAAUUCGUUCUGGUGCCGCUUGGUUCAUGUGUUAACACAGUAUAUGACAACGUGUAAUUACUACUGGAUGUUCUGUGAAGGUCUCUUCAUGAAUGUAGUAAUUAUACAAACCUUCACAAUGGAACACUAUCUCUUAAAAGUCUGCUGUGUAUUAGGAUGGGUUGUACCUGUUUUGCCAGCAUCGAUAUACGCAGUAGUUCGACAUUUGUACGGAGAUAACUCCAGGUGCUGGACAGGUAGUAGCCCGUUACAGUGGAUAAUUCAAGGACCGGUAAUAUUCUCUUUAAUUUGUAGUUUUAUCCUCAGCAUCAAUAUAUUAAGAGUGCUUAUUUCAAAAUUGCGAGCAACAAACACAGAUCGUUAUCACCAAAUGAGGCGCAGUAUACGUGCCAUCCUAUUCUUAAUACCCCUGCUUGGACUACAUUUUUUGAUUAUGCCCUUACAUACGGCAAAGGGCUCUCAAAUGGAAUACAUUUACAGUAUCUUUUCAGCCAUUCUCAUUUCCUUCCAGGGUUUAUUUGUGGCUAUCCUGCUCUGUUUUGUCAAUGAAGAGGUGAUAUCAGUAGUAAGACGGAAAGUCAAUCAAUAUUUGCUACAUUCUGGUCAACUAGAUAUUAGACAGUCAAAUAUAUCUUCAGCUAUGGAGAGUACAGCUCUUUCACCUAAGAAACCUAUUAGUCAUGUUGACAACAAACCGAUUGUGAAUUUGGAAUAAACAAGGUCUACGCUGUUUGCAAAUAAACCAAACUAAUUUCUCGUU